AUGGAGGAGAGGGCCGAGAAUAGAAGGCGCGGUGGUAGCAAGCGCAAUUCGGGCAUAUUCGGGCAAGAGCAGACCGGACCACCCUCAAUACAACGGCGCACAAGCAAAAAAGCCUCCUCCAGAGACAGACAAGGACAGAUAUAUUCCGAUGAGUUUAAGGAAACGGUCGCGCGAGCUACUACUCCAGACCCAGGUCAAAUACAUCAUUCUGGGACUCCUCUUCCAACGUUGGCCUUCUCAUCUUCGAGAAGCGAUUCACCACAAAUUCCUCGGAGCCCAUAUCCUGCUUCCCACGCACCUACUCCCAAAGUACGUCCUCAGGUACCGAGCCAUUCUAGAAAUGGCAGCAAGGAAUCUACUAGCUCAAGACCGAGAACCCGGACUCUAGAGGAGCGUUACAGGGACAUAUCUCCUACGUCUAUGGUAUCAAAAGGCCGACGACGCGUCGGCUCGCUACAGUCACCUGGUCUCCAUGAAGGUGUCAAGGAUUCGUCUAUCGGCUUCCCUUCAAUCAUCCCUUCUCCACCGUUGGAAGAGCCACGGAUACGGCAUCGGGCCCUUAAACCAGUGCUGCGGCCACUAUCACCCAUUAGGAACCCAAUCGCUGCCAAGCCGGGUACACCGUUGUCCUCUUCUUCUACGGAUGCCAAAAAGAUACUGCAGCUCAUGAAGACCACAUGCGGAAGGAUGCAUGGUAUUCUCUCAUUUCGAACUUCAGCCACGAGCACAUGGGCCUCUGGAUACUGUGCUAUCAACGUAGCAACAGGUAGCUUAAUAUACCAGGCCAAAGGCAAGGUGUCUGAGAACAAAACCUUGAUCCCUGACCUCCGAGGAUGUCAAGUUCGGACUCUGUAUGACGCUGAUUCACGGUCCACUUUUCUCGAUGUAGCUACCCGGAGCACUAGUAUAGGUAUCCACUUACGUCCGCAUGUGCCUGAGACUUUUGACUCAUGGCUAGCUGCACUACUAUGUUGGCAGCCCAUUCGACCCAAGGGUGUCCGAGGCAAAAUGACGAAGCCACAAGAAGCACACAUCGCUGAACGUAAGCUUGGGGACAGCAAAAGGCGUUCUGGCAACUUCUCGACCAAAGAUGCGUCCAUCAUCAAAGUGGGUAAAAUGCUGAUGUGGGACAAGGAAGAUCGGGCAGGCAUCUCUUCGCCACCGCCUUUGCACAGAAGAGCAUCGACCUACAAGCAACUAAAGGCAAUGUCAAGCAAUUGGCGGAAGGUCUCGUGUACACUACAAGAGAAUGGGCACUUCAAGGUGAUCUCGGAAUCAGACUCGACUCUGAUGGCUUUUAUUCCGCUCUCUGCGCUCUCAAGGUGCGCUAUCCAACGACUAGAUCCAUCAGUACUGGACGAUGAGUUCUCGCUCGCCAUUUACCCUCAGUAUGCAUCAACAACCACCACUUUACCCACUAUGCAGACAGUCUAUCUGUCGAUGGAGUCUCGUGUUCUCUUUGAGGUUUGGCUUGUAUUACUCAGAGCCUUCACUGUUCCAGAACUUUACGGUCCUGAGACAAUACCCUUGGAGACCCCCUCCGACUCACUAGACACUGCGAUGGUAACACCUAAAACCACAAAUUCUGACAUGUUUCGUGUCGAGAGACUGCUAUCAUUACGGAUUAUAGAAGCCAAGUUGCAUUCUAGUCGGGACAAUUUCUCGCAUGGCCCGAUUUCACAACCGGGACAGCGGCCGUCAAGCAAAAUGGGAAUGGUCUCUGGCAACUACUAUGCCGAAGUCCAACUGGAUACGGAGUUGAGGGGCCGGACAGCCGUGAGGCCCGAGACAGGUAACCCGUUCUGGAGGGAGGAUUUCGAGUUUGUCGAUCUGCCUCCUGUCCUUUCAAAUGCGUCCAUAGAAGUCAAAACUCGCAAUCCAGGUCAAAAGGACUGGACUCUGGCCCACGCUCCCAUCGACCUCGAGCGUGGCGACAUCAACCCGCAUUCCAUUGAUGGCGAUAUCGAGGUUUCACCCUUGGAUAUGACAUACGGGAGACUGGACCUCAGACUUGAUGACCUUGAAAGGGCAACUGAUACGGAGAAAUGGUGGCCUAUCGUCAAUGAACAAGAGCAAGCUGUUGGUGAUAUACUCAUGAAGGUUCGAAUAGAAGAGUUGGUAGUACUUAUGAGCCAAGACUACGGGCCCAUGUUGGAUUUGUUGUGCCACUUUUCAAACGGUUUGACAAUUCAGAUCGCUCAAAUGGCCCACACUGAGCUACGACGAAUAUCGGAAAUUCUCCUGAAUAUCUUUCAGGUCCCCUUGGAAGCCAGUAACUGGCUCAAAUCGCUCGUCGAGGACGAGAUUGACAGUAUUCACAAAGAGACCCCGAUGUCCAAGUUUCGCUUCGGACGACGCAUUGCGUCGCACGAUUCCUACGAAUCAGGCGUCGAGCGUGAAGUGUUCCUUCGAGAUCUGGGGAAGAACGCAACGGUGGAAGCCAACCUGCUUUUUAGAGGCAACUCUCUUCUCACCAAAGCCCUCGAUCUACAUAUGCGCCGGCUUGGCAAAGAGUAUCUGGAAGAGACUUUGUGCGAGAAAAUGAGAGACAUUGACGAAAGCGACCCCGAAUGCGAGGUAGACCCGAAUCGCGUGAAGAACCCAGAAGACUUGUCGCGCAACUGGCGGAACUUGAUCGCUCUAACUGAGAACGUUUGGAAGUCCAUAGCGGGUUCGGCAAACCGUUGCCCUCCUGAGAUACGCCAUAUCAUGCGGCACAUCCGUGCCUGCGCUGAGGAUCGUUACGGAGACUUCUCCCGAACUGUCAGCUACAGUAGCGUGUCAGGCUUUCUCUUUCUUCGCUUCUUCUGUCCGGCAGUGCUCAAUCCCAAGCUGUUCGGCUUACUCAAAGAUCACGCCCGCCCUCGUGCUCAACGUACCCUCACACUGAUCACCAAGGCAUUGCAGACCCUUGCCAACAUGACUACCUUUGGUAGCAAAGAGCCUUGGAUGGAGCAAAUGAACGAGUUUCUGCAUGCUCAUCGUCCAGAGUUCAAGGACUUUGUGGACGAGAUUUGCUCCAUCAGUCCAGAGGCACGAACAUCUGCUAUUCCGCCUUCCUACGCUACGCCUAUCACAAUACUCAAGCGCUUGCCUGACACUAGUAAAGAGGGAUUCCCAAGCCUUCCCUACUUGAUUGAUCAGGCUAGAGAAUUUGCAGCGCUGAUAGACGUUUGGUUAGACGCGCGGCGCGAGAUAGACCCUAAUACCCCAAUGAGCGAAGAGCUGAGAAGAUUCGAUGACCUCUGCGAAGAGUCUCGUGAGAAGUCUAGACAAUGUCUUACUCGCGCUGAACAAGCCGAGCGACCAAGUGGCACUCUCGAGCCGAAGUGGGAAGAGUUGGUGGAGCAGAUGGAGCGGAAGGCGAGGUCUAGAGAAACGAACGAGCAAAGCUCACCCGACACACCAACUGUACCUGGUAGUAGCCAUACGGUGAACAGCAGCACGUCAAGCCUAGCAGACAGCUACUUUCACCGGAAUGCCGUUCCACGCAGCUCUCAAGGAGCUUCUAGGCUAGCAUUUGUCUCGAGUUCGCCCCAUUCUCCCAGAUCCCCAGAGGAUGAACCCCUUGACGAAUUAGGCUCAGAGAUGGACACACCUCCCGGUUCGUCCUCAAGCGUCUGGGAUCCUGGCGUCGUCUCUGAUUCGAACCUUCCUCCAAGGCCCUCGGAGAUCGACGACAUUGACGAAGAGGCGGAAUUAGGCAUAUCUUCGACUGACAUUGGCUCGAGCAUCUACAGCCUGACCCCAACCUCUAAACGCACGAGCACAAGCGGUACCCCCAAGUCCAUCCCACUCAUCACACCAGCUUAUGAUAAAAGACAUCCUGGGCCACGGAGCGCCUACAGUCUCCGCCGCUCCUCCGACAGGGCGGACAUUUCGAAAAUCGUUGGGCCAAGAGGUCCAGGGAGUGCUCACGGUUCGACAAAGAGUAGGCACAACGCGGCGCCUCUAGGCAGGAGUAUCUAUAGUCUCAAUACAUCUUCCACGAGUCAGCAGGCUAUCGAUCCUGUUGGGCCUCCCAAAAGUCCUGGUAGUAGAGAUGGCAACAUCUCGAGACUGAGAUUGGAUUUCGGGGGCGUCUUCAGGAAGAAAGGGAGAGAUAAGGAGAGGGAGGAAGGGAGGAGUGAUUGA